UAGGCUAGGCUAGGCUAGGCUAGUUUUCACUGAAAGCAGAGCGCUCGCUCGCUCGCUCGCUCGCUUCCAUAACCGGCGAGAAGGGAGGAGCACCUACACGAGCUUCUCUGUCGGUCACAUUGCCAAGCAAGCGCCUUCCAAGCAUUUCCAGCCAUGGCAGAGGCUCACCAGGCUGUAGCGUUCCAGUUCACCAUUACACCGGAGGGCAUUGAUCUGCAGCUCUCUUAUCAGGCGCUGAACCAGAUCUACCUGUCGGGAGUACGAUCGUGGAAAAAGCGUGUCAGCCGCAUAAGGAACCGGGUGAUCAAGGGUAUGUACCCUGCCAGUCCUUCAUCCUGGCUGUUUGUCGUCAUUGCGAUCCUGGCCACAAUGUACAUGCGCUCUGAUCCUAGCAUGGGGCUCAUUGCCAAGAUACAGCAACACCUUCCCCUCAGCCUCCAUGUUUCUCUCAGCGCUCAGGGCCAGACAAUGCUUUCCGCGCUGGUCUUCAGCACGCUGCUGUGGCUGUCCCUCAUCCUCGCUCUCAGGUUCUGCCUCAAGCUGCUUCUCUCCUACCACCAGUGGAUGUUCGAGCAGCAUGGUCGAGUUUCCAACACCACUAAGAUCUGGGUGACUCUAUUGAGGCUCUUAUCUAGCAGGAAGCCUCUCCUUUACAGCUAUCAAACAUCGCUACCUCAUCUGCCUGUUCCUGCCAUAAAGGACACCCUGAGCAGGUACUUGGAGUCAGCACGCCCUCUGUUGUCAGAGUGUGAGUACAAACGGAUGACAAAAUUGGCUUCUGACUUUGAAUGUAACCUUGGAAAUCGACUCCAACGCUACUUAAAACUUAAAGCUCUCUGGGCGACUAACUAUGUGAGUGACUGGUGGGAGGAAUACAUUUACCUCCGGAGCAGAGGCCCCAUAAUGGUCAACAGCAACUACUACGGCAUGGACUUCCUGUAUGUGACCCCGACUUGUGUGCAAGCUGCGAGGGCAGGCAACACAAUUACCGCCAUGCUCCUCUACCGCCGCAAGGUCAACCGGGAGGAACUCAAACCGAGCCGUGUUCCAGGUACUGUUAUCCCUCUGUGUGCCGCCCAGACUGAGAGGAUGUUCAACACAACACGCACUCCGGGAGUUGAGACUGAUGUUCUACAACACUGGCUGGACAGUGAGUUUAUUACUGUGUACCACAAGGGACGCUAUUUCCGCUUGUGGGUGUACCAGGCCGGCCGCCUGCUCUCUCCCAGAGAGAUUGAGUACCAGAUUCAGAAGAUCCUGGAUAACCCGUCACCCCCACAGCCUGGAGAAGACAAACUCGGAGCACUCACUGCUGGGGACAGGAUACCUUGGUGUCAGAUGAGAAAGCAGUACUUCAGCAGCGGCAUCAACAAGCGAUCGCUAGAUGUCAUCGAGAAAGCAGCCUUCUUUGUGACCUUGGAUGAUGAGGAGCAAGGCAUGAGGGGAAAUGACCCAGCAGGAAACUUGGACCGCUAUGCCAAGUCGCUGCUCCAUGGCAAAUGUUAUGACAGGUGGUAUGAUAAAUCAUUUUCAGUUGUGAUCUACAAGAAUGGGAAGAACGGACUGAACGCUGAGCACUCUUGGGCUGAUGCACCAACUGUGGCUCACCUUUGGGAGUACACACUAGCCACUGAUGCUUUCCAUCUGGGAUACACUGAGGAUGGACACUGUAAGGGUGAAGUGGACCACUCAUUGCCAACCCCCCAGAGGCUUAUCUGGGACAUCUCACCAGAGGUUCAAGCUCAAGUAUGCAGCUCCCUUGCUGUUGCCCAGGCUUUGGCUGACGAUGUGGACUGCCAUGUCUUCCCCUUCAGAGACUUUGGAAAAGGCCAAAUUAAGAAGCUUCGCGUCAGCCCUGACGCAUUCAUUCAGAUCGCAUUACAGUUGGCCAACUACAGGGAUCGUGGCGGUUUCUGUCUGACUUAUGAGGCGUCGAUGACCCGCCUCUUCAGGGAAGGACGGACGGAGACUGUGCGAUCGUGCUCCAAUGAAAGCAGUGCCUUUGUCAAAGCGUUGGAGAGUGGAGAGACCGCAGAACAAUGUCGGCGCCUCUUUAGACUGGCUUCAGAGAGACACCAGAAUCUUUAUCGACUGGCGAUGACUGGAGCAGGAAUUGACAGACACCUCUUCUGCCUAUACGUUGUCUCGAAAUAUUUGGGCGUGGAGUCACCAUUCCUCAAAGAGGUUUUGUCUGAGCCUUGGCGCCUCUCCACCAGUCAGACACCAGUCCAGCAAAUGGAGCUUUUCGACUUGAAGAACCACCCUGAAUUUGUAUCGCUAGGCGGAGGGUUCGGACCUGUUGCUGAUGAUGGUUACGGCGUUUCUUACAUCGUCGUGGGUGAAGAUAUGAUCAACUUCCAUGUGUCGUGCAAAUACUCCUGCAAUGAGACUGAGUCCCAUAGGUUUGGAGCUCAGAUAAACAAAGCUCUCCAGGACAUUAUGAGUGUUCUCUCUGCUGACUCCAAAGCCACAGCUGAGUCUCAGCCUAAGAAGAGCCUCUGAAUACAGUCAAGCGUGUAUGAAUAUUGCACUCACAAACACAGAGUGAAGAUUCUAUUAUAUUCAAAGUGAAAGUGGAAAUAGUAAGAUGAAGCAUUUAGUUCCUACCUAUGUCAAUCAUUGCUGCAUUACAUUUGACACAUCUCUUUAACUGGAUCUUAUUGCACAAUCUAGAUUGUGCAGAUGUACCUAAUGUUGUGGUUGGUGACUGUUUUCUCUGUGAUGUAAGAAAUAGGACACUUGUGUCUUUAAAAGGGAAAUGGAAGAAGAGAAGUUGAAAUUGAAGCGCAUUUAAAUCUGAGUGUCUGGUGCUUACUUGAAUUUGAUAGCUGUGAGUUUUAACGACUGUCGCCUUUUUUAGUGCAUAACUGUUUGGAUGUUCUCAUUUCCUGUUCAAGCUGAAUAGUCUGUAUGAGUUUGAAUUUGUAGUGGAGUGCAGUGAAUACAAAGUAAAAGUAGUCUGUGAUUAUAUUUGGAGGAUGUGGUUCAGGCUGUCUGAGGAUUUGCAGGAAACCACAGAUAUGAAAUGACAUCAAGCCAGAUAUGAAAAGUCAGUGCAUCUUCCUUUGAGGCUUUUUCCGUGCCACGCAACAGUCUUUCAAUCGUAACGGCCUGCAAAUUUGAGUUAAAGGACUGGUUGAAUGCAACCAUAUUAACAGCAAACAAAUGAAAGGUGGAUUGAAGUACAGAUUUUCUUUUAUUGUAUGUGUUUGGUCAAUUUUAGAUGAAGUAGAGACUGUGUUUUACUUACCGGUGUAUAUAUAUAUUUAAGUCAUUAUAAGGCUAUGUUUGGUUAAGCCUCAGUCGGGCUUCACUGCUGUUGCAUGAAACGCCUCCAAUGUUGAAAAUGGUCGGCCUUGUCAUUGAUUUCACUAAUACCAUACUUAUUUCAUAAGUCGCUAAAUUAAGCUUUACUAUAGCCAUCAAGCUCACAUGGGCACACUUUGGCAUGUGACACCCCAAUUUGUGUUUACACUGAGGGUGUGUCAGCAGUACAAUUAUGAGCUUUGUAAAUAGCGUGACAUCAUAACAGCGCAGCAUGACGCACGUAACUUCUUCGUCUUUGACUGCGCUAUAUUAUUGAUGGGAACCAAACCAAGAAUCAAAUGAAAAACUAAUAAACUGCAAAGUGAGACAGCGGCUCAUGAUUCACUGUCAGCCAGUCAAUAGCUGUGUGUCUUUGUGCAAAGAAAAACAACCUCGUCAAUGAAAAUAAACACCUGGUUAAAUGCCCACAGGCACCAUCAAAGAAAAUAAUCUGCUGGAUGUUUGGGGCGUAUUUGUUGUGUUCAUGUUUACAACGCAACUUUUCAGAGUAUAAAGUGCAUUGCAAACGUUCAGCAUAAAAUUGGUGAAAAGGGCUUCAAAAUAAGUGCACUUACUGCUCAACUGCAUGGAGGAAGAUUGUAAUAAAACAGUUUAUUAUGAUAUUGCAUCUGCUCAUGGAAAUGUCUGACAGUUUGGUACUGUUAGCAUUUGUGAGGAUUUACUUGUACUUUACGCGGGUAUGUCAUCUCAAGACCAUACACAUCUCUGUAUCUACAGGCCUAAAUCACAUUUGCCUUCAAAAAAGUUGUUUUUCCAAACUGAGACAUUCCUUCAUCAAGAAUGAUGAAGAGGAUACGUGCACAGUCUUUUAGGCUCGUGGAACAAGGUUCCUGAUCGUUCCAAUCAAAAGUCAUGUCACAUCACAACAAUUACCCUUUACUACUGGUUUUUACUUGAAAACAAAUUUUACAUCAUUGACUUUAACUUUCUGGCAUAGCCGUCCUGGAAUUGUGUGCAUUUAACAGUUACAAAUUAACUACAGGGUUAACCGUUUACUAUUUUGGAUAAAUAUUGUUGAUUUCUGUGUCAGGGGUUUCUUUCACUGGUCUUUUUUUCAUGUAUCUGUUGAAUUUUGGCUUUAAAUAAUUGAAUGUUCCACGUGUAGGGAUUUUUUAAUUUGUCACUUUUUUCAUGUUAUUUAAACGUCGACUGUUGACUGUGUGACUUAUGCUUUUUAACAUAUGGUGAUGGAAUGUUGCCUGAAAUAAAAAAUAAUCCCUGA